AUGAAGAUCUGCGUGGCCACCAUUCUGUCAAUCGCCUUCCUUCUGGGUAACUCUGUCAAGCUCCGAGCUUCCGUUACUGGGCCGGUUCCCUCGGAUGGCGAUGGUCCUGCGUCUCAGGUGUGUCAGCAGUGCUGCCAGGGACCUGCUGCAAUACCCGGCAUACCAGGUCUGCCUGGCCCAGUUGGACCGAUGGGGCCGUACGGUCAGCCGGGGUCAAAGGGCGAUGCAGGUCCGAGAGGGCUACCUGGUUUUGUUGGAGGAACUGGGGAAACUGGUGUCAAAGGUCAGAAGGGUGAGCCAGGGGAGACACCAGACGACUCCAACCAGCGGGUCGCAUUCACCGUGGUCAGGACGAGCAGCUCUGAUACCUCUACGAGUCACGACACCCGUUUGCCAUUCCAGCAGGCCGAGACGCUUCUGCCGGGUACCAGCUUCGAUCUCGAGACCGGUUCGUUUACCUGUAGUGUGCCGGGCACCUACGUAUUUACGUUUUCUGUUCUUAAGUAUAGCAACAGCGAUGGCCUUGCCAUCCAUCUUGUUAAAAAUGACUACACGGUGAUCAGUACCCAUGGUACAUCAAAUCAACUUGGUCAAUUGUCUGGUAGCGCGGUGCUGGUUCUGCAACGAGGAGACACGGUGUAUGUUGCCAUGUACGGUAGGGUGCAAAGUGGUUCCAUCUCUCACUACACCUCAUUCAGUGGCUUCCUCCUUUACCCGGAGUCAUUCAAUUAAUUAAUAAAUAAUCACCACGCAUAAAUAUACAGGAGCUGUGUUCCCA